AUGGAUCCGAUUAUGACACGUCAUCAUGACCGACGACAGUCACUGUUGAGGGAUUCAAGGGACAAUGCGGGCCGGCGGCACGAGACCCGGCGGCUGUCCUCUUCCCCUCACCCCCCUGCUUCUGGUCGACGCGACCGGCCUAUGAAAGGGAUGAAUGGGCCCGAUAGGCUUGAUAGACUCGAUAGGCUUGAUAGGCGUGGUGGGCGCGGUAGGACUGAUGAGUCGGGUGAGCCGGAUGAGUUGGAUGGGGAGGACGGGGCGGAUGAUGGGCCUGAAGGGGCUGAUGGGUGGAUUGGGAGGAGGAGGAAGCGGGGAUCGGCAUGGGGCGAGAGGGAACUGCCAUCGACCUCCAGGAGAAAUUUCAGGAGAGAUUCCAGGGGGGAUCAUUACGAGGGUGCUUUCCCAGCAGUUCCAGCGUUUUCAGGAGGAGAAGCGUUUUCGGGUGGAGAAAGGGCGUAUGAGGACGGUGAUGUGAUGGUGGAGAGGGCGUGUGCGGAGUUUGAGGAUGGCAUGCAGGAGUGGGCGGAGAGUCUGUGCUGCCAGUUUGAAGACUCAAUGAUGGAGUUUGCUGAAGCUGCUUGCUUUCAGUUUAAAAGUCUAACGAGGGAGUUCAGAGAUUCGUGGAUGGCUGGGAGAGGUGCUAAGCGGUACCAAAGGUAG